UCAUAUUUACCCUUAUUUUUUUCCCUUCUCCUCUUCUCAUCACUGCAUUUCUUUCCAUUUUUUCCUCCUUAAUCUCUUACCCACUUCGUUCCCUCUCUCUCUUUCCCUCAUCCUUCUCUUUCUCUCUCUCUCUCUCUCUCUCUCUCUCUCUCUCUCUCUCUCUCUCUCUCUCUCUCUCUCUCUCUCUCUCUCUCUCUCUCUCUCUCUUUCGCAUCAAUUUUCCUCACCGUCUUAUUUUUUCCCUUCGCUAUUCCUCCUCUUUUCCUUCGUCUUUUAGUAACCAUGGUAAUCUUCCUUUCUCCUUUGUCACCACCGCUCACCACCACCACCACCACCACCACCACCAACCACCACCACCACCGCCGCCGCCACCCCCACCUGUGAUUCAUCCCCCCUUUGGUAGUGGCAGUUUGAUCCAUUAAUCCACCACGCUCUCCUCUACACAUUCCUUCAUCACCAGUUCAUCAUCACCAGUUCUUCAUCACCACCAGGUACCUUCGUCAUCACCGUUUUCUUUCUGUGUGGAAUUGGAGUUUUUAAUUCGUUUUUUUUUUCGUUCUUGCUUAAAUUUUUUCGGCUUGUUUUAUUUGUAGUUGAAUAAUCUCAUCAUUAUUCAUCACUAUUCGUCAUUACCACGUCCUCCUCUAUCAGUGGUGAGUUUUGUCCCACGUGUUCAAUCCAAUUCCAUUCCUAAGUCAAUUUUAGCUACAUCAUUUCAUCACUAUCAUCACCACCAUUCAUCACAUCAUCACUUUCAUCACUCCCCUCAACCUCCUGUAUAAGAUUAUCCCCUUAUUCUCAUCUUCUCCUUCUCUUAAACUCAUUCCAACUGAAGCAACUUCCUCACCACUCCAUCACCACGGUCAUCACCAGUCAUCACCACUUUUUCAUGUAAUAGUGACAACUGAAGCAUAAUCAAUCUUCUUCCAUUUCUAAACUCAUUCCAAGUGAUAUAACCUCACCACUACCUUCAUCACCACUUGUCACCACCAGUCACCACCCAUCACUACUUCACUUUUUACCUCCUAGUACUUUACUCACCACUCCAAAACCUAAUUAAGUGACACACACCCUCACCACAACCUUCACCACCAGUCACCACACACCAAUACCUCCCUUUUAAACCCCUAAACCCAACCUUCCACUCCAAAGCCCUUCGAAACCCUUUUAAAACCCAUUCCACCAAGCGAUACAUACCCUCACCACACCUUCACCACACGUCACCACACUCACCACCACCAUGGGCCCAAACGCCACACUUGUGCUUGAGCCCAUCGUCACCACCAUGGCCUCAAUGCUCCUCCUCAACCUGACGGAGGAGGACGGGGGGCAGCCUUGAACCAGUCCUCUGCCCCUACCUUGUGGUCCUCCAACAGUAGCAGCACUCCUUUGGCCGUCACAGCCUCUCCGGAGCACACUUCCAUGUCCCCGGCGCCUUGUGGGACCGAGCCGGCGUUCCCUAGCAAUUACGGGAUUAGGGAUGUGAUCAGAAUGCGUGGGAUGGAGAACGGACAAGGGAUGGAAUGCAGUGGCUGGCUUCCUAUCAACCAUAUAUACUUCCAACUCGCUAAUAUCUUCCUCUUCUUGUCGUACCUGGCGCCCAAUGGGAUAUACGGUAUCCUCUACCUGCGCAUUACCCUCACAAUUGGCUGCAUGUUCUUCAGUCUGUGGGGGUGGGUAAUUCUCUGCGCCUUUGACACCUUUCUCUGGAACGCUAUCUUCGUGUUGAUCAACCUGGUGCACGUGGUCAUCAUCUGCUACUAUCUACGCCCCGUCAGGUUCACGCCAGAGCUUGAGCAGGUGUACAAGAGCCUCUUCCAGCCCCUCAAGGUUUCCAGGCACCAGUUUAAACGAGUCAUCAACUGCAUGAAAUUGAUUCGCUACGUCAAGUUUCAAGAGAUUUACGCCCAAGAGAAGAUUACUCGUGUUGACUCCCUCUCCCUCGUCCUCUCAGGCAGGCUGGUCAUCAGUCAGAAUGGGCGAGCGCUGCACAUUGUCUCCCAGCACCAGUUCCUAGACUCCCCCGAGUGGUUUGGCGUCUCCACCGAUGAGUUCUUCCAGGUCUCAGCGACAGCCAUUGAGGACUCCCGCGUGCUCAUCUGGCACCGAGACAAGCUCAAGCUCACCAUUAUGGGCGACCAGUUCCUGCAGGCAGUGUUCGAUCACAUUCUGGGCCGGGACGUUGUCAAGAAACUGAUGCAGAUUGCAGAGUUUAGAAGACUGCCCGAAGGUGGCGAGAGGACAUCACGAGAAGUGGAAGAGGAGGUCAACGAAAGCCUGUCCGGGAUGGGCAAUGGCCACUGCAUUGCCAACCUGUCAGAUGAGAGUGAGACCAAGCCCCUGUUGGUGGUCAAGAAGGGGGAAGAGUCGGGGAGCAUAACAGCCAUUAUCAACCGCCAGUUACAGGGUGGCGACGAGGAGGCAAGACUGUUGGAUCACGAGGGCGAGACUCCCAUGGUAGAGGUCAAGGAAACGGGCACCAGUUAAUGACACUCCUCCGUGGAGACUCGGACGCAUUGAGGAGACAGAUCAGGAGACUCCAGUAUGAGCCCCAGGAACUCGGCUCUCCGCUCCUCAAUGCCUUCAAGCUCUUUGCCCCGCAGCUGGAGAGUGUCGACCACC